CCACGCUGCAGAUGGAGCGCCGUUGCUAAGGAGAAGCAGCAGCGAGCAUCGUCACGAAACACUGACACAGAGACCAGCACUCCCAUCUGGUCCAUCUGGAAGGACAUUCGACAGCGGAGAGUCUCACAAUAACUCCUUUGUACCUUCCACUUCCACGCUCCUUGCACAUGUUCGCGCCGUCGCUCCUUCCCACCCACACUCUUUACCAUGGCUGCCCUGACGUCGCCCAUGCGACUGGCGCCACCUGUCACGCCGCGGCGAGCUCCAUCGCCCAUGAUGUCGCCCGGAACCCGCAGAGGACGCAUGCUGGGCGCAUCUGAAGAGAGUCAUCUGCGCGAUCUGUCGCCCACGACCACCCUCCGCGCCUUCACCAUAGAGCCCAUACCGUUCGACACCACACGAGACGAAUACAAGAUCUUUGCCUGCAUUGACAGUCUGACCGCCGCCGAACGCGACUUGGGCGCACGUGUCGCCAAGGCUGCGCAGCGCUUGAAGAGCUGGUGCUCUGAGAUCGAGCAAUGGGGGUGGACAGGCAGCUUCGAGCCGCCAAGCGAGGAAUACAAGGAAAAGCGCCGCCGUAGCUUGAAGGCGCGCAUAGCAGAGCAUGUUGGCGACGCAGAUGCGCUAGCGCCGCUCGAGUACUAUGGCUCGCUGCUGUCGGUCGAAGUUGAGCAGCACGAGGCGCGGUUGGACGACAUGAGCGAAGAGUUGCUGAAGAUGGACGUGGACGAGCUGAAGGAGCACGUGCUGGACAUGCACCCUCAGGGCAGGUCGCGUCCCGGUUCAGCCGGCUUUGGUGCCAGUCGCUCCAGCUACCAGCUUGUGGACGACUUCUCUUUCCUCAUAACUCAAACGCUCCUGUCCGCCCUCCCGCACCAUGCCCAGCUGAAGGACUGCCUCAACACCUGGACUGCCCGUGUUUCGAUCCUCCGUUCCACGCCUCGCUUCCUCGACCACCUCACCCAGGCCCAGAAGGCUAUGGGCCUAGGCUGGAAUGCGCUUUCGCCGCCUGAAGACGAGACAAACUUCGCCUUCUAUCAGUGGAAAGAGGCCGUAGAUACCAUAUCAGGUGUGCUGCGGAGCAAAGUCAGUGACCUGGGCCGCCGGUUGGAUGGGAUGCUGGAUACAUUAGAAGGCCGCGACGAUUGCCUGCCAGACCGCUGGAUCGACACAUUCGAGACGCUGGAGGCUGACUAUGGCCGCUGGCUGCAUGUGUCUACAAGGAGGAUGAUUGAGUUUGAUGUGCGAAGGCAGAACCAGGCAAAGCAAGGGCACGUGCAAAUUGUGCGGAACGAGACUCGUGACCCAGACAAACAUUCCAAUACACCCGCAGGCCCACCUACGCCGCUACUCCCAAUCGAUAAACGCGUACAUCAGCUCUCAGCGGAGCCACAACUACCCCGACUGAAGCCAUUAGAUAGUAAUGCUCAAUCGCCUGCUGCGGUCUGGGUCGAUUCAGCACGUGUGCCAGAAGAUGCAUCGAAGCCUGCGCCAAGUGUUGCGUCCUCGAGAAGCACCGAAGGAGACGUUCAAGAAGGCAUCGAAGACGUUCAAAAGGCUGCUCGCGAGGAAGACCAGCAAGUCGCACUAGAAGACAGGCCUCAGCAUAGACUGCACCCAACGGUCGUACCUUCCGUGGAGAUCCCUCCACAGUCACAGCCAAGUAUUGUCGUUGAUGCCGUCAGCCCUGGCAAUGCCGACGAAGUCACGCCGUUCACGCCGUUCACGAUAAUCCCGCCACCUAAUAAUAUCAACUUCGAGACUGCAUCGCCUUCCACUGACGGUGGCUACGAGUCUGAUGAGGGCGAUACUGUGGUCCACAACGAAGCGCAGGAUAAUGCCAGUGACGCUGUUCAUGUCGUCGCCAGCUAUGAGAGCCCAUCUAUCAUCCCAAUCAGCGAGGACGAUAGUCCCGCUAGCUUUGUGCACAAGAUUGACUCAAAAGCUUUUUCACACUAUCCUGGUUUAGCUUCUAUGGAUGGCAAAGAUGGGGAGGCGCCUCAGAAUCCUCGUUCGCGCCGUCUGAGUACCAGCUCUGUCUCUUCUAACGCUUCCUGCGACUCCAGCCCUGUGAGUGUCAUCGAGGAGUCGCCCACUGCGCGUCACACUGGAAACCGGAGUAUUAGAGCUCCUCGCCCUGAGCUCAACGCAGCCAUGACGAAGCGUCGACCUGCGAAAGAUGCUUCCUCGUCCAACGUUGACAGCGCACCUUGGCCACCAACACAAUUCAGCCACAAAAGACCACAAACGGCUGAUGAUCUCGAACGCAAGAUCUCGGACAUCCUGACAACGAUACCGGCUCGCAUUCUCCUCACCUCGGGACCGGGUGCAGACGCGCACGAAAUCAAGCCAUCUCGCGGCGUUGGCCACAAAGGUAGUAGGGGAUACUUGCGUGCUGCUCGUUCAGCGAGUGGCCUGAGGACACCCGCACUUACCUUGUCGCCCGUCAGGAAUGAGUUUGAAAGUGCUAACGCAGGCGCAGGACGCAAGUCUGCAAACGCAAGAAUCGACAACGACAUAAAGCUCUACCAUCUCACACAACCUGGCAAGGAGCAACCGAUCAAGCUCUUCAUCCGCCGUGUCGGAGAGAAUGGAGAGCGCGUCAUGGUCCGAGUCGGCGGAGGCUGGUCCGACCUAGCCGAAUACCUGCACCAGUACGCCGAGCAUCAUGGCCGUCGCACAGCAAGCGAGGGCAAAUUCGAAGUCCUCGGUCUCGAAGUACAAGGCUCAGAUGCCGGGUCUGCAAGACCUGGAAGUGCAAUGAGCACCACGCGCCGCUUUAGUGGAGGCGGCCGUAAGACUCCCAACACGACACCAGACGGCAAGCUUGCGGGUCUUGGUAUCUCGACUGACUCCCCGCCGCCGCCUAUACCCCGGUUUGAGAGGGAAUCUACGCCGGCGAUUGCGGAGGAAGCGCCCACACCACCGUCGAGUAACUCCCAGAAGUCGUGGCAUGGGACUGAAGUUGGUCUUGCAGGACCCAAGGCGAAGAGAGUGGAGCUCACAGGCGAGAAGCUGGAGUGGAUCGAAGGCAUGAUGAAGCAGGCGCGUUCGGUCAGCAACAGCAAUUUGAACAAAGCCAUGAAGGAAGACGAGAGAGGAGAGGGGCGAAGCAAGAGUCGGAGUGAGAGUCGCUCGGCUAGUCGAUCGACGAGUCGCGCUGCUGCGAGGAGGCCGGUGCAGGACUUUGUUGAUUUGGGCAAGACUGGUAGUACCAGGAGGGUUUUCAUGAGAGGAGGUGCUGGGGGCUCGAGCGAGCGGCUGAAUGAGCGUUGAUUUCGCAUUGCGAGGAUGGUGAAGGGGGAUGUUGAGCAUUUACUGCGUGGUGAACUACUAUUCGUAUUGAUACCCUGGAUAUAGAUAUUAAGGUUUGUGGUUGUAAGACAGCAGAGCAGUCUAGCUGCGUUAUGCGACGGCGUUCAGCAUAUAUAGAAGGUCCUGAUCAGGCCAGAUGCACUCGAUUGACUGUAUGGCGUUCUUCGGUUUUGGAUCAUCAGUCAUCGUUGGACAAGUACAAUUGGUGUUCUUCCCUCUUCUGAAUUUUUCUUUUAACGCU